AUGCCCUCUCGCUGUAGGACUGUGCUGCAUAUCGUAACCACCACCCUCUUCGCCGCGGUGGUCCUGUUUGGGAUCCUGCUGGCCUAUGUGACUGGCUAUCAGUUCAUCCACACAGAGCAGCACCACCUGUCCUUCGGCCUGUACGGAGCCAUCCUGUCCCUGCAUCUUUUCCUCCAGAGCCUGUUUGCCUUCCUGGAGCACAGACACAUGCGCAGCCCCGCCCGGCCCCAGCACCUGCGGCGCUCUGUGGCCCUGUGCAUCGCAGCCUACCAGGAGGACCCAGACUACCUGAGGAAGUGCCUCUGCAGCGUGCGCCGCAUCUCCUUCCCCAGCCUGAAGGUGGUGCUGGUGGUGGACGGGAACAGGCCGGAGGACCACUACAUGAUGGACAUCUUCCAGGAGGUGAUGGGUGGAGUGGACCAGGCUGGCAGCGUGGUGUGGAAGGGGAACUACCACAGUGACGGGGGUGGAGGGGUGGGCAGAGGGGGGACUGGAGCAGCGUCCCUGCAUGCGCAGGAGGCUGCACGUGUGGCCAGGCUAGUGAGAGGCUGCCGCUACUCCUGUAUCAUGCAGGAGUGGGGGGGGAAGAGAGAGGUGAUGUACACAGCCUUCAAAGCCCUGGGAGACUCUGUGGACUAUAUGCAGGUGUGUGAUUCAGACACAGUUCUGGAUCCAGCGUGCACCAUAGAGAUGCUGAAGAUUCUAGAAGAGGAUGCAAAGGUGGGCGGAGUAGGUGGAGAUGUUCAGAUCCUGAAUAAGUAUGACUCGUGGAUCUCCUUCCUGAGCAGUGUUCGUUACUGGAUGGCCUUCAACGUGGAGCGGGCCUGCCAGUCCUACUUUGGCUGUGUGCAGUGUAUCAGUGGUCCCCUGGGCAUGUACCGCAACUCCCUGCUGCAGCAGUUCCUGGAGCCAUGGUACCACCAGACCUUCCUGGGCAGCAAGUGCAGCUUCGGUGACGACCGCCACCUCACCAACCGCGUGCUGAGCUUUGGUUACAAGACCAAGUUCACGGCCCGCUCCAAGUGCCAGACUGAAACGCCAACGCGCUACCUCCGCUGGCUCAACCAGCAGACCCGCUGGAGCAAGUCCUACUUCAGAGAGUGGCUGUACAACGCCCUUUGGUUCCACAAGCACAGCCUUUGGAUGACAUACGAGUCUGUGGUGACGGGUUUCUUCCCCUUCUUCCUGGUUGCCACAGUGAUCCACCUGUUCUACCGCGGGCGCCUGUGGAACAUCCUUCUCUUCCUGUUGACAGUGCAACUGGUUGGCAUGGUGAAGGCCACCUACGCCUGCUUCCUGAGGGGCAGUCUGGUCAUGAUCUUCAUGUCUCUCUACUCCCUCCUCUACAUGUCCAGCCUGCUGCCAGCCAAGAUCUUUGCCCUGCUCACUAUCAAUAAGGCUGGCUGGGGCACGUCAGGGCGGAGGAAGAUUGUUGUGAACUUCAUAGGGGCGGUGCCCGUCACGGUGUGGGGGGCUGUGCUGCUGGGUGGGGUUGCCUACACCAUCUACUGUGAGACCCAAGAGCCCUUCAGUGAAACAGAGAAAGCGCUUCUCAUCGCUGGGGUCAUCCUGUACGCCUGCUACUGGCUCAUUCUGCUGGUUCUCUACCUGGCUAUUGUGGCUAAGCGCUGCAACAAGAGGGAGGAGCAGUACCACCUACCGUACGCAGAGGCAUAAGACAUGGAUCCUUGUUCAGUCCUUUGUGGUGCUGCUAGAACAACUGAGCCAGUCUGUGGCCCCACCACUCUGUCUCCAUGGUGCUAAACCUCUGGGACCUAUGGGGCAUGAAUGUGUUGUAGAAUGACAAUGGAUGGACAGUUCUCACAUUAACCUGGGAGACUUGGUUAAGUAGGUUACAAACCUUUUCUACAGUACAGAGUCCUCUACCAGUGGGCAUGGUGCUUACCAUGGAUAUAAAGCACAUUAUCAUACAGCCCGUUUGGCCAUGGUGGGACAAGGUGUGGCCAGGAUAGACCAGAGAUCGUAAGAGCUAUGACACGGUGUGUGUCAGUAUGAAGCAAUGUUGAUAUGUUACCAACUUGAUGCACUGAGCUGAGGGCCUUCUCUGCCUCAAUCAGGAGACACAAUGAUCUACAGUUGUAUUUUUGUAAUACAAUAAUUGAUAGACAAUCUAACAUUCAUACAAACAUAACUUACAAAUACAUUUGGUGCUGAUGAACAGGCCCAGGGUAAACUUUUAGCUCGUAAGCUAAUGGCUUGCAAGAGUAUUGACACUCAAUUGAAUGAGUCAGUGAGUUUCUGUGGCUAUUUUGUUCUAUGGGUGCCAAAUUGUAUACACAUUAUACAGCAGUGUUCAUUACAGGAUGUACUUUUCCAAGUGAGGACAAUCCCACAUUAAUUCCAUCAUGUAGACUAUGACCAAAGAGCACUUGUUUUUUGACACGUCGUACCAUUAAUACAACACAAGUACUAACUCCAUUGCUGUUAUUAGUUGUAAAUCCAUAAUGAGAAAAUAAAAACAUGAUCCCAUUUUAUCAAGGUCAGGUAGUAUUAGUGUAGGUGCUACCAUGUCUAAGUUGACAUGUGUUUUUGUUGUUGGAGAAUGGAGAUAAUGUCGUGGAAGUUUCCACUUGUGUGCUAUUUAAGUUGUGUUCAUAUUUUAUUAAAUGAGGAUUGCAUAACUUGAAACUUGAAAGUGCAAACAAGACACAUAAAACAAUGUUUGUUUACAGACUUGCUCAGCCUCUAUCGACCAAUGGUGCGGUAGGUCAAUUUGAUGGUACAGUACAUUUCCAGAGGUGAUAUAGAUGUUCAAGUACAAACUUUGUGGGCCACCAGGAAUAUGUUUUGCAGUGUUGUCUUGGCUAUGAAUCAGAGUUUGCUGUUGUUGGGGCUCAAAACUGCAACCUCCACAUCAGUUUCACAAGGCACACGAUUGUUUGCAAUUCCUUCAAGUGUUGGUGGCCAUGAAUUGUGACCAUAUUAUUUUUGAGUUUUUUUAUACUGAAAUUGGGGUUAAACAGAGAAAGAGCCCCCACAAAAAUGUAGUACUUUGAAGUUAUUUCCUGAGUGCAAUGCCAAAAUAAAGUUAACACCAACAUAAAGUGUCUUAAUAGGGCGUUGGGCCACCACGAGCCAGAACAGCUUCAAUGCACCUUGGCAUAGAUUCUACAAUUGUCUGGAACUCUAUUGGAGGGAUGUGACACCAUUCUUCCACGAGAAAUUCCAUCAUUUGGUGUUUUGUUGAUGGUGGUAGAAAACGCUGUCUUGCGUUGAGAUCUGGUGACUGAGACGGCCAUGGCAUAUGGCUUACAUCGUUUUCAUGCACAAACACUCAUGCCCUGUCAAUGGGGGGCAUUGUCAUCCUAUGGGGGCCAGUGGUGGAAAAAGUACCCAAUUCUCAUACUUGAGUAAAAGUAAAGAUACUUAAUAGAAAAUGACUCAAGUAAAAGGGAAAGUCACCCAGUAAAAUACUACUUGAGUAAAAGUCUAAAAGUAUUUCGUUUUAAAUAUGCUUUAGUAUCAAAAGUAAAUGUAAUCGCUAAAAUAUACUUAAGUAUCAAAAGUAAAAGUAGAAGUAUAAAUCAUUUCAAAUUCCUUAUAUUAAGCAAACCAGACGGCAACAUUUUCUUGCUUUAGCCAGGGGCACACUCCAACAUUUAGACAUAAAUGUGUGUUUAAUGAGUUUAAUGAGUCCGCCAGAUCAGAGGCAGAGGGAUGACCAGAGAUGUUCUCUUGAUUAUUGCGUGAAUUGGACAAUUUCCUUUUGCUGCUAAGCAUUCAAAAUGUAACGAGUACUUUUUGGUGUCAGGAAAAAUGUAUGGAGUAAAAAGUACAAUAUUUUCUUUAGGAAUGUAGUGAAGUAAAAGUUGUCAAAAAUAUAAAUAGUAAAGUAAGGUACAGAUGACCAAAAAAACGACUUAGGUAGUACUUUAAAGUAUUUUUACUUAAGUACUUUACACCACUGAUGGGGGCAUAGCCAUGGUAGCCAAAAUAUUAGCCUGCCCAGCAUGAUGGCCCGAAGCAUGAUGGGAUGUUAAUUGUUAAUUAACUCAGGAACCACACCUGUGUGGAAGCACCUGCUUUCAAUAUAGUUUGCAUCCCUCAUUUACAUUACAUUACAUUACAUUUAAGUCAUUUAGCAGACGCUCUUAUCCAGAGCGACUUACAAAAUGGUGCAUUCACCUUAUGAUAUCCAGUGGAACAACCACUUUACAAUA